UUCCAAUUAUUGACCCGAGCACUGGACCGAGAUACGGGAACGUGCAAAAGCCAGCAUUAGCCAAAGGAGUACUUCCAAAGACACCUUGGAAGUAACGCAUGAUGAUCAGUGUCUGUAUAUUCGUGGCAGCACCUCCGCCAAUCUGAAAGAGCACAAAUCCCAAGAGCGUUAUCAAAUACACGAUUAAGCGCCCAUAGACCUCACUUAACGGUGCAAAUGCCAUAGACCCCAUGCCAAACCCAACCAAAUAAACACAGGAACCCAAGGUUGCGACCGGUAUAGAUACAUGAAAAUCAUCAUGAACUUCAUCCACCGCACACGAAUAAAUACUAGAACCAAAGGUAACCACAAAAGCAAUCAUAGAAAUUUGGAAUAUCACAAUCCAUUUCCUCAAUGUCGACCAAUUCCUUGGAUCCAGUUUGUCGUCCAGUCCCUCCCAUGUCACUUCGCAAGACGAAGCUUCAGAAGAAACAGAUGCAGAAUCCUUCUCCAAGUCACUGGAACCAGUGCUGAGGGGCGAAGCCGCUCCAACUACAACUACCUUAUCGGUAGCGGCAACAGGAGCAACAUCGUCGUCAGUACGAUUCGAUGAACUUGUCGUAGAAUUCUCUUCGUUCGUCAAGUAAGGUCUCAGUGAGAACUGCGAAUUAAACUUCCUACCACUGUGCAAAGAAAACAAAUCCAUUUUUCCUGGUGUAGGCUUACUGUAAGUUCAGCUAUCGGCGCCACCAAUUUUUAUAUGAGGAUUUUUUUUGAUGACUAAGCAUAGAGUAGAGAAGUAAAAUAACAAAACUAAUAAAAAAAUACAGAAAAAUACAUUCUUGCACUAUGUUUGUGUGUUUUUCUGUGGUCUAAUUCUUUUAUUUCUUAAUUUUAAUUCAAAUUUUUGUUUUGACCAUAUGAAAAUAGAAACAAUUCAAUGUAACUAUUGAAAUGAAUUUCAUUGGAUUGUUUGUGAGCUGUUUUUCAAUAAUAACCUUCCCUGCAUAAAAAUCUCGUCUUAAGCAGUUAGGUUUUGAUUGAAUAUGUCCUUCGACGAUACACACCUAAUUAAGUAACAGUGUCGAUUACUAAGGUCUUCCGAGGUGUAAAUUUUAGGCUUAUUAUAGUUCAGUUUACGUGGUACACUGUUGAAAGAAAAACGGUCAUAUCGGUUGUGCUAGUAUUGUCAUAAAGUGAAAGACUUGAGGUUUACACGCUUAUACGUAUGGCAAACACUCGUAGACAGUUGAUGAGUUAUUCUGCGUAAGACGGAUACAAAGUACUGACUACAGAACACUGUCAACUAUUGUUUUUGUCAAAUUUAUGUUCUUAAAAACUCUUUCCCUUAGAAAGAAAUCAGAUUACCAAAGUUUGCAACUUCUUUCUCUAAAAAAAAUCAAAUAAGCUCUAAAAAGAAACAUGAAAAGACGGCCGCCAGCUCAAUUAGAACCAUCGAAGGAAGAUGUGAUUAGAGUUCAGAUGCUUCGAGUUGAGCGAGAACUGGGACGAUUAAUGGCUGACCUAGAUCAAUCGGCAAAGGACGUCGUAAACAGUACAAUUGGUUGCGACUUUUAUGUUGACUUAGAAUCAGCAUAUCUGAAACUGAAAGAUAAGAACAGACAAAGUUCACAACCAACGCUUGAACAAAAAACUAGUGAUGAGACGGAGCACAUAGAAAUUGCAAACAACGUUUCAUGCAAGUAUCCUCCUCCACUACCUAUAAUUCGUCAAAAGAAACUCGAAGAGCAAGUUUUCACUCAUAAAUCCCGGGCUAACGAACUUUUUCCACACUGUCUUGAUGCUCGCAAGCUGCUAUCGAAACACAAUGAACGGCUAGAAUUUCUUGGGGAUGAUGUAUUGGAAGGAAUUGUGACAAAGAUCAUCUAUGAACGGUUCCCCAACGCAAAUGAAGGAGAGCUUUCGAAACUUCGCGCGACUUUGGUCGGAAACGAUAUGGUCAGUAAGUUUGCAACUCUCUACGGUCUACAUGAGAAGCUUCAACUGGGCCUCUGUGGUGAAAAAAGUCAAUUGCGUAAAUGCACAAAGGUUGUUGCUGAUGUUUUUGAAGCUUAUCUGGGUGCACUUUACCUAGAUAACCAAAUUGAUGCCGCAUUUGAGUGGGUGAAACAGCUCAUUGAACCGGAGCUUGUUCGAUUCAAGAUGGAACCUCCUAUCAACAAGCUUGCCAAGGCAGAACUCCAACGCAGAAUUGGAAAAGCUGGCGGCAAGGUUGAGUACCGCUGUAUUGAGAAAAAAAUGGGUCAGAGAGAAGAGUAUAAAGUCGCAUGCAUUAUUAAUGGCAGUGAAGUCUCAUGGGGUGUUGGCUCUAACAUCAAGCUUGCUGGGACACGGGCAGCCAUGAAAGCUUUGUCGUCAUGGGAGGAGGAUUCCCAUUGACAUCAAUAGUGUUUGUCACAACUCACAUUUUCUGAUUUCGCUCGACAAUGAGUUCGGGUACUCGCCAUAAAUACCAUGAAGCUACUGUUUUAUACGGAACAUAAGCUCGUGAGCGUUCUUCCAUUUCAACAUCUGUAGGUGUAUGGUCUAAAUGAUAGAGAAGCUGUACGUUUUCACGUAUCUCUCUGUCCAUUGUUGGCAUAACGUUUGGCCUGCCCAAAGUAAAUAUGGCGUACUUUUCUACGGUCCAUGCACCAAUGCCCUUCACUUUGGUGAAAAUGCCAAUCAUUUUGUCAAGUGGCAUGUGUGAAAUCUCUUCACGCGAUGGCAAGCUUCCAUCAGCUGCCAUAUUCGCCAGCUCCAAAAUUGUUUCACCUUUUCUAUGUGAGAAUCCGAAUGAACGCAAAUCCUCUGUAUCAAGACUUAACAACUCUUGCACAGACGGAAAUGAUUUCUUGUGAAAAUGUUGGCACAAACGACCUAAUAUGGCAUCCCCAGCACUGUCCGAAAGUCGCUGGUAGGUCAAGGCAUGGAUUAGACCUUCAUAAGGUUCUCUCGCCGUCUGAGGUUUUAGUGUGCAUUGUCCAACGCAGCGAACAAGUUCCUGAUGUUGCUCAUCAAGACUUGCUAUUUGUUUUUCGCCUUUUAUAAGAUCUUCUUGCGUUAACGGAUGAAACUGGUCAACGUUGUUAUGCAUGAGGAAGGUACAGUGUAUCUGUUUGAAGGGACAUUGACCACUUUGAAUUGAAUUAAUGGUUUAUUUUAUUGCGUCAAAUUGAUGUUACUCGAUCCUCUUACUUCAUGUAAUUUGUCAUAUAAGUGUUACCGACAGAAGGAAUGUUGCAACUAAGGCACCUCUUAAAUCUGUUCAUCAUAACUACCGUUAUUAAACUAACAGUAAUUGUCAUUUAGUCAUCCGUUUUUUGUUACAUAUUACCGCUACUGACUGAAGCAUCUCUGUCGUUCUUUUAUAUUUCUUUUUUGGAUCUGCUUUUGUUACUCUUUAAGAUGUUACUUGGUAUACUUUGAACACUAUUGUUGUUGAUCCGUGUAUUUCCCUUUUUUUUUCUCUUUUUUUUUUUUUUUUUUUUUUUUUUUUAUUGAAAAGGAGAAAAAUGCACUUACAGAAAUAACAAUUUCGAUAUACAAACUAUGAGUGGACAAAAUUACAUCAAACUAGUUCCGCUGUUUCUCCUGUUUAAGCCGCACGAGUGGCCUGCUGGGUGUUUUAAAUACAUGAAAUAUUUAAUUCAAAU